UCAGUUGCCUGGCAGCAUCCAGUCCACAGAUACUGAUCCGGGCCAGGAUUUUCGAACAGUUUUCGUAGUAGUGGAGGGGCCGUGUCGGAUCACUCUUUAGCUCGCUCUCUCUCUUUUUUCCUUGUUGUGUUUCUGUUACUCAUCGCCAUUUUGUUGCAACCCUAUUUUCUCGUUUGAGAGCUUACUUGGGUUUCGAUUCUGUCGGAAGACCGGCAGAACAUUGGAGCCAGAAACCCCAGGUGAUUGCGUUCUGGGAGUUUUAUUUGUUUUGGGGGGACGUAGCGGCAACACGAUUCGAAGAGAUGAGCAUAGAGACUCUUUUGGAAGCAGCCAGGUUCCUGGAAUGGCAAGCCCAGCAACAACAGAAAGCACGUGAGGAAAGUGAAAAAGAGGAGAAGCUUCGGCUGGAAAGAGAAGAAGAAUACAGAAAGCCAGAUGUGGAGAGACUUAAUCAUGUCAUUGAUGCAGAACAGCACCCCAUAUUGGAUGUUCAGAGUACCCCGGUACCAGUGCCUCCUCCACCCCCUCUGCCACCAGCACCUGCCCACAUGACAGUUAUUCCUAUCUCAGUGGUGCCAAAUUCAGUGCAGCCCCUCAUCACCUCUCCACAUUCACCAUCGGUUGCACAACAUCCGCAGACAGUAGUACCGUCCACCACUGCUGCUAAAGAAUUGACAGUCACAACAGUCAUACAGAGACCUCCAAGCACUGUGCUUGCUGAACCAAAGCCUGCCACACCUCUUUCAAGCAGUCCUAACCCAAUCCAGCAAUACCAGGGUCCACUGCUUGCUGUUGCUCAGCAUCACAUGGUACAGCAGUCGAUACAGCCUCAUGCUCUUGCACAGUCUCCGCAUCAUCAGCAGCAGCAGCCUAGUAUACUUAAACUUAGUCCCACAGAGGAUAUGAAACCUGCAGAACAGAAGAGGAGACCUGGAGGGUUACCUUGGACAGCACACCAGAUUUCAUGCCAAUCAGAUACCAGGGCUGGGACACGGGAAGUGCAUAACAAACUGGAAAAAAACAGGCGUGCUCAUUUGAAGGAAUGUUUUGAGACAUUAAAAAGGAACAUCCCUAGCGUGGAUGAGAAGAAGACCUCAAAUCUAAGUGUUCUAAGGAGUGCCUUACGAUAUAUUCAGACACUAAAAAGAAAAGAGAAAGAGUAUGAACAUGAGAUGGAACGUCUGGCAAGGGAAAAGAUAGCCACGCAACAGCGAUUAGCAGAGUUGAAAAAUGAACUAAGUCAGUGGAUGGAUAUAUUAGAAAUUGAGAGGAUUGUGCGGCAGACAGUACAGCCAGAAGAUGAUCAAGCAUCUACCUCAACUGCUUCAGAAUGCGAAGAUAAUAUAGAUGAAGAUAUGGAUGAUGAUAGGCCAAUAAAUUCAUUACCAAAGGCCAGCCAACAGCAGCACUCUGAAUUGCUGAAAACAGUCUCUCAGAGUACGUCAGCUUUGCCCCCUACAUUGCUGACUCAUCAUGUGACUAUUCAGAAGAAGCCUCUUCCAGGCCAGGGACAGGCUCAGGGAAAAGGCCAACCUCAGCCUAUUGUUCCAGCACAGACUCACAUUGUAACAGCGUCAACUGUACAACCGACUGUCAUUGCUCACACAGCCACCACUCAUGCUUCUGUAAUUCAGACUGUCAAUCACGUAAUUCAGAGCCAGCAAGCAAAGCACGUUGCGCAUAUUGCACCUUCUACUUCAAGCUCUGUACAACUUACUACCACUCCUCAGCCUAUUGGCCACAUCACUGUGCAUCCAGCAACCAUCAAUCAUAUGACUCAUAUUGGUCAGCAGUUACCCACAAUCUACCCUCAGCCUGUUGCAGUCAACCAGCCAGUUGUAGGCCAUAUCACCCACACUAUUUCACAUCAACAAGUUAAUGGAACCACAGCUCUUAGCCAGCAAGCAGUUAUGGCAAGUAAGGCAGUUGGAACCCAGGUUGUCCAUCACCAGCAGCUUGUUGGUCAAACUGUACUGAACCCAGUAACUAUGGUAACUAUGCCAUCUUUUCCUGUAAGUAAGUUAAAACUGGCCUGAGCAAAAGUUCUGAAGAGCUAAGGGUCUGUGGAGUACAGUUAUUUUUUCUGGAAAGUUUAUUACAUUCCACGAAGGCUUGGUUAUAAAGGAGACCCAAGAUGAGCUUCUGAAGCCAGAAUGGCAGCACAGUUCGAAUUAUGAGCUCUUUUGCAAGCCUUGCAGUGAUAACAGAAUAUUGGGCACAUUGCAUUCAAAUUCUGAUCAGAUUAACUCCAGUGACAUAUGUUCUUAGUGACUUCAUUUUGUAUGUAAUUGGUGAAUAUGAAAAGGUGUUUGUUCGUCAAGACUUUUUUGUUAUUUUUUUUAUUGUUGCUUUUUUGUAGAAUGCAAUUAUUGAUCUCUUAAAACUAUGGCAUAAGUAACUAGUGUGGGGAAAGUACAUAAUACUGAUGAAGGUCGGUGUGUAAUGAUGAUAAACAUGAAAAAUUAAUGGACAUGAGUGUUGCAAUUUUGAAGGAGACCAAAGGUCACACUUGAAAACAGUUGAAAGUGUUGGUUAUGAGGACCAGUAUACGAAAUAUAGAACUUAUAUUGGCAUUAAUUCAUUGCAGACUUUAUAGACAUUAUAGGGUACUUCCCUAUAGCAUUUUGCUUUUUUGUUUCAGUAUGUAAAAUCACUGUGAUCCAGUAUAGCAAAUUGUUUUAAGACAUUUGCGUUAAACUUAAUUUACUUCCUUAAACACAUUAAUUUCUUUCUUUUUCAAAGUUAUCUUUUAAAGUU